CUACCGAGUAACUUGUUUUCCGGGGGCCGUUUUAAUAGAUGGACCUCCCCGUGUUUACACGUGAGGUUUCUGCAGGACUCCACAUUAAUUUAUUCAGCUGCUCAUUUAUUCUCUAAUGCGGCUUUUUGAACAGAUAUAUUGAAAAGGUCACGGUUUAAAAUGGGAAAGUUAAGGAAGAAGCACAACUGGAAAGGAAGGCAGCAAAGUGAAACGCAACAACCAGCAAAGGAAGAAAAGACUGAUGUUGUGGUGGAGCUACACGAUGGGGAUCGGAUGAAAGGUGUGGACGACAGCAACGUUCUGGUCCUUCCAGCCUCCAAGAACAAGAAGAAGAAGAAAGAGGAGGACUUUAAACAACACGUGUCCUCUAAAAAACCUCUGACAAAGAAACGGAAAAAAGAGCUACAAAAGGUCCUGGAGCGCAAAGAGAAGAAAGCUCAGAGAGCAGACAUCCUGACCAAACUGGCUGAGGUACAGCUUCCAGAGUCUGAACUGAAACUUUUGUUCACAACAUCCAAACUGGGAACAGGAGACAAGCUUUACCAAAGUAAACAGUCGUUGGAUGAAGUAAAAGAUGGGGACUCUGGUCCAAAGAUCAACAGUGUCAGCGGUGCAAAUAAGAAGAGAAAAUGGGAGGAAAAGGAGGAGGAUGAAGAGGAAGAGAAAGAAGAAAGUAGUGAUGAGGACACAUCCUCUGAGGAGGAUGAAGGGAAUAACUCCACAGAGACAAUUGGAUAUAAGGAAGCUGCUGAAACCAAAAAGGAGGUGAAGCUGGAGCAGAAUAUUGCAGAUCCAGAUAAGCAGAAAGAAACGAUUCCUGAUCGGAAGACAGUGCAAAGCAAGAAGCCCUCGGAGCCGGCUGUGUUUAUUCCUGUUGACAGGUCAGCGGAGGUUCAGGAGGCUCGCCUGAAGCUGCCAGUGCUGGCCGAGGAGCAGGUCAUCAUGGAGGCAGUUAGGGAGAAUCCCUUUGUCGUCAUCUGUGGAGAGACAGGGAGUGGAAAGACAACACAGGUGCCUCAGUUCCUGUAUGAGGCUGGUUAUGCCACAGGCAGCAGGAUUAUUGGGAUCACAGAGCCGAGGAGGGUCGCGGCUGUCAGCAUGUCACACAGAGUGGCCAAAGAGAUGAACCUUCCCACACAAGUCGUGUCGUACCAGAUCCGAUAUGAAGGCAACGUCACGGGCGACACGAAAAUCAAGUUCAUGACAGACGGUGUCCUGCUGAAGGAGAUACAGAAGGAUUUUCUGCUUCAGAGAUACAGCGUGAUAAUCAUAGACGAAGCCCAUGAGCGAAGCGUCUACACGGACAUCCUCAUUGGGUUGCUGUCCCGCAUUGUCCCUCUGAGAAACAAGAAAGGGAUGCCCAUGAAGCUGCUGAUCAUGUCGGCCACUCUGCGUGUCGAGGACUUCACAGAAAACCAGAAGCUUUUUCGGACACCGCCUCCCGUCAUCAAGGUGGACGCUCGGCAGUUCCCGGUCACUGUCCAUUUCAACAAACGAACUCCGCUGGAGGACUACACAGGAGAAGCCUUUCAUAAGACCUGCAAAAUCCACCGGAUGCUGCCUCCAGGGGGUAUCCUGGUGUUCCUGACAGGUCAGGCUGAGGUCCACAGCCUCUGCAGGAGACUCAGGAAAGCUUUCCCGUUUAGAAAGGGCAGCACAGCCGCUGCUGAAGAAGAGGAAGCGGACACAGCUGAGGCAAUGAGGAAAUUUAAGAAGGCCAAACAGAAGAAGAAUGUUUCUCUGCCUCGGAUCGACCUGGAUAACUACUCUGCCCUGCCGGUGGAUGAGGGGGACGAGGACAGAGAGGCAGGAAUUGGAGACGAGGAGGACGGAGGCUCAGACCUGGAGCUUGGCGACAAUCCAGCCGACUUGGAAGAUAAGGCUGACCCGUCCAUUCCCCUCUAUGUUCUCCCUCUGUAUUCUCUGUUGGCCCCUGAGCAGCAGGCUAAGGUGUUCAGGCCUCCUCCACCUGGCACUCGUCUCUGUGUCAUAGCCACCAACGUCGCAGAGACAUCUUUGACCAUUCCUGGCAUCAAAUAUGUUGUUGACUGCGGCCGGGUUAAAAAGCGCUUCUACGAUCGAGUGACGGGAGUGUCAUCCUUUAAAGUCACAUGGACCUCUCAGGCCUCGGCCAAUCAGAGGGCUGGUAGAGCUGGACGAACGGAGGCGGGACACUGCUACAGGUUGUAUUCCUCUGCGGUUUUUGGAGACUUCAGUCAGUUUUCUGAGGCGGAGAUCACUCGCAGGCCUGUAGAGGACCUGGUUUUGCAGAUGAAGGAUCUCAACAUUGACAAGGUGGUUAAUUUUCCUUUUCCGACACCUCCCUCCACUGAGGCUCUGAUCACUGCAGAGGAGUUACUGGUCUCACUGGGGGCUCUGGAAGAGCCAUCUCGCUCUGGAAGGAUGAAAGAUUUGCAGCGAGCAAAGCUCAGCUGUCCCAUCUCUGCGCUGGGCAGAGCGAUGGCCUCGUUCCCCGUGGCUCCACGUUACGCAAAAAUGCUGGCACUCGGGAAGCAGCAGGACUGUCUGCCGUACAUCAUCGCUGUGGUUUCAGCCAUGACUGUCCGGGAGAUUUUUGAGGACUUAGACAGACCUGCUCACAGUGACGAUGAGAGCUCGAAGCUUAACCAGCGCCGAGCUCGCCUGGCCCAGAUGAGACGUUUGUGGGCGGGGCAGGGAGCUUCACUGUUGCUGGGAGAUCUCAUGGUCAUGCUGGGUGCUGUUGGUGCUUGUGAGUUUGCUGGCUGCACUCCUAAGUUUUGUGAGGAAAAUGGUCUGAGGUACAAAGCAGUGGUCGAGAUCAGGAAGCUCAGAGGUCAACUUACCAAUGCAGUAAACGCAGUGUGUCCAGACGUGGGAGUAUUUGUAGAUCCUAAAAUGACUCCACCGACAGAACAUCAGGUGGUUUGCUUACGGCAGAUUGUUCUGGCCGGGCUGGGUGACCACCUGGCGAGACGCGUCCAAGCAGAAGACAUGCUGGACCCAAAGUGGAAGAAUGCUUAUAAGACUCCUUUGAUGGAUGAUCCAGUGUUCAUUCAUCCAAAUUCUGCUUUAUUUAAAACGUUGCCAGAGUUUGUGGUCUACCAGGAGAUCAUGGAAACUUCCAAAAUGUACAUGAGAGGUGUUUCAGCAGUGCAACCAGAGUGGGUCCCACAGCUCCUGCCUCAGUACUGUCACUUCGGCCCUCCUCUGGACUCGCCUGUGCCGUGGUUCUGUUCCUCCACCGGCACCAUUAGAUGCCACAGAUCAAGCACAUUCUUCCGGGUGGGUUGGCAGCUGCCUGCAGUGGAGAUGGAGUAUCCUGAAGGUUUGGAACGCCACCGGCUGUUUGCCAGGUUUCUUCUGGAGGGACAGGUUUGUCCCAAACUAAAGAAAAACACGAGCCACCUUCUAUCAAACCCCUCCAUUAUGAUAAAAUCUUGGGCCAAACUUCAGCCCAGGACAGAGGCUCUACUGGGACCACUGGUUUCAAGGAGGGUUGACUGCAGAGAUGCUCUCCACUCUAUCUGGAAGACUGAAGAUAAAUUUCUGUUGUCUGCGUAUUGCCAGUGGUUACCUGAGGCCAUGCACCAGGAAGUCACCAAACUCUGGCCUCCUUUUUAAAAUUCUGAAAUCAGGAGAAAUAGAGCAGACCUCUGACCAGAAAACUGAACUAAGACCACCUGGCCCACCAUGUUCUCAUCAGAUUCUGCUGGUUUUUUAUGUUUUUUUUUACAAUGUGUAACUACAGCACCACAACGCCUACUUUUUUCAGUUUUGUAUUGUAUACAUUAAGUCUGUGAACAGUAACAAAUUUUGAAAGCAAAAAUAUACUUCCAGUUCUGUACCUUAUCAGUGUGCUGCUGUUAAAAAGAUGUUGCACAAUAUUGGUCUUCAUAAGACUUUAUAAAGCAUUUGAUGUGA